ACGCGCCGGCCGCCCAGGGGCGAGCCAUCUCCCCUUCUCUGGCCUUCCACGACGUUCGUGCCGUCCCCAUCCGUCUCCUGAGCUGGCUGCCUGCUCUCUUCCUCAUUUCUCUCUCGCUCAACUUCAUCUUCUACCUCCGGACGCAAGAACAGAGCAAGCAGACCACUCGUACGAUCCAAAAUCCGCGAGCUUCCCUUCAUAGAUUCCAAAUCCCUCACACCCGAAGCUCCCUCACCUCCCUAGGUCCCUCCCCAGCCCCUCAGAACCGAGCUCCGGCCGUCGCACGGCUGGGAAUCAAGGAUUCCCCCACGAUCAGACCACCAUGGACAACAUCUCCGCCCCUCACCAUCGAACUCCUAGCUCCGGCCAUCAUUUUCUUCGUCUAGCGGUUCAAAUCGAAGCUAGGAGAUGCACUUAUGCUCGUGCUUCUCUCGUUCCAUCGCGUUCUACGAGUUUCCGCGCUCGUUCGUUGCGCCGUCGCCGCCGCCACACUGCUGCUCACCGCGGGCUGCACGCACGCGGCUCUGCGCCGCGCUGCCGUGCGCGCCGGCUCCACCCGAUUGCGCUAGCCGCCGCGCCACCAUGCCCCGUCGCCGGACGUCCUCGCCGCCGGCGGGAGCUGGUCGCCAUGCCGCCGGCCAGGCGGCCAUGGUCCGUCCGUGACCUGUCUUGACGGUUGACGCCGGAAUAUGCACUUAUCGUUCACGAAGUUGCGGUUGAUCAAUCUGGAGUUCACCCAGGUGGAAUCGCCAUGGAUCAAGCUCGGCGUCAAGCAAACUAACUUAACCUGCAAUUAAGGUACAGGAGCUAACCCGGAUUCACAUCGGUGGGCUCGAUGUGAUGUCCUCACGUCUCCGUAGUUAUCGUUUUAUUUCAAUUUAUUUUAGUUGGUUUCUAAUGAAAAUCUUUUUCAGGUUAGACUCUCUCUACCGCUGCUGUUAUCUAUUAUAUGUACUUUAAUUUGUAAAAGUCAUUUUAUAAAUACCUUAAUAUUGUUUACUAUUUUAUAAAAUUGUAUCCUGCUGGUACCGUCUGUGCUCGCCGUCGCGCGAGACUUCUGGUGUGUUUCGAUCGGCCUGUGGGUUGGAAACAGGCUGUCAGGUUACACUUAAUUAAGCUAAUGCGCCUGAUGCGUUCAAAUGAUGGCCAUUACGCUUAAUUAAACCGUUUAACUUGGCGGUUCUGUCACAUUUGUACGCCGAGGCAGCCGUGUAGGUUCCCUCAAUCGACCAUCUCCAAUUGAAGCGGUCGUAGUCACUGAUGACAAGAACUAAGAGGCCGCUUCGAAUGUCUCGAUUGUUAGCUAGGCAUGUGGGAGAUUCUUAGUCGAUUGUUACUUAUCAUCAUGUUAAUUACUUCUUGCUGGAUUUUUUGUUCAUGUAUAUUACCUAUAUUGCACGGUUGUCCAACGUAUGUUAUUUUGGAUCACAGCUACAUUUAUACAUGGUGGACAAAAUCAACUUCUUCUAAAUAAAUGUUUGGCUUGGCUACCUGUAGUUAUGAGGCGGCAUACCAACCUAGUAGCAUUGUGAGUCGUUCAUUCAUAUAAUCACAAUUCACAAAUCUAAAAAUUAUGUUUCGUCACUGUAAAAAAUAUUUUACUCGAUCUUAGCACCAAAGGUUUGGUAAUGCCAAAGGGGUGUCCUGAUGCAUGGAACCAGGCCUUGUUUGCCUAACUAUGGCCCCGUUUAGUUCCCAAAAUUUUUCCUAUAGUAUCCGUCACAUCAAAUCUUUCGACACAUGCAUGAAGUAUUAAAUGUAGUUGAAAAAAAUAACUAAUUACAUAGUCUAACUGAUUAGCAUGAGAUGAAUCUUUUAAGCCUAAUUAGUUUAUAAUUGGACAUUAUUUGUCAAAUAACAACAAAACGUGCUACAGUAACUUUUCACCCUAUUUUUCACAAACUAAACGCGGCCUAUACCAAAAUUUCGCCUAACUUCGCCAACCAGGCACACCGCCCGGGGUGCGGCCGUGCCUGUGGGCCCCACCUGUCAUGCUAUUCCUCCCCGAGAAUCCUCCCCCAAAUUCCCCAAUUCACAGGCUGCCUCGCAGCAGCUGCCGGCCACAUCGCGCGCCCGCCUCGCCGCCGUUCCCGCCGGCAGCUGCACCACAGCGCCUCCAGAUUCCUCCUCCGCUUCUGCAUAGCCACACAGGGACCCGAGCUACCAGCCUACUACUCCUCCCGCAUCUGUCACCGGCCGCGCCGUGGGAACUUGCCAUUUCUCGGAUCUCUGGGCGGCCGGUGCUGGGCACGAUGUCUGGAGGCCAAGAAGACCCCGAAGGCUCAGAUCACAACAUGGACCUGGAAGAAGGCAAUACCACCACUAGGAUCAAAAGGGCAAAAGCCACAAAUUGGCCCAGGGUCAUGUCAAAGUUUUUGCUUGAUUGGUACCUUGAGAAGAAGAGAGGAAUGCCACCCAAGACCAAGUUCAAGAAGAUGCACCAUGUUUGGUGCACAUCUGCAGUUAACUCUAAAUUCAGAACAAAUUACUCUGUUGACCAGGUCCAUCGCCAUUUCAGGCGUUUCAAGGAGAUUUGGAUCAUUGUGACUCGGUAUGCCAAUGCGAUUGGGAGCAGGUUCAACAAUAAACACAAAAUGCUUAUACUUCCUGCUGCCACUAUGGCUAGUUUACCUAUCGCGGAGCGUGCUAUUCUCGCCAAGCCCAUUCCAUUCUUUGACCAUCUGCUACAGCUCUUUAAUGAAGGUCAGCUGGAUGCUGCCUGCAUGAGAGACCCUAUUAUGGACGAUGAUUCUCAUGAGGAGUUGGAAGCCCAGAUUGCAUUGAAUAUUAUUGCCCAGGCUGCAGAUACAAGGGAUCAAGAAGGGGCGAGUGUAGAUAUUAUUGAGUUGGAAGGUGAAGAUAACCAUCAUGAGGUGGCAGCAAGUAGCGGUGGGGUCCCUUGUGAAGUGAUGUCUGACACUAGUGCACCAUCUGCUCAGCCAUCUGGGUCCUUUGCUGAGAGCACAAUGGCUGCUCUCAAGCCUAGUGCAAAGAAGAUGAAGAUCAUGAGCAAAACAAAACCCAGUCUGAAACCGCAGGCUCUAGCUCUGCAUGAUAGCAGGAACAUAGAUGUGUUGAACAGUACAUUAGUGGGGAUCCGUGACAGUGCUCCAAAACUGAUUCGGGUGGCACCAACAUCAACAUCAGACCCAAAUGCCCCUCUAUGGAAUAUGCUAAAAGAAAUUCCACUGACUCAUCCUGAUAGGCUGUCUGUUGGAAUGUACCUCUGUAAGCCAGAGUCUGAAGUGCAUCGAAGCUUUUUCAUUAACAUGGGUAAGGAGUACCUAGAAUCAUGGGCCCGUAAGUUCUUGGCCGGAGAGGAGCCUGGAGCCUUAUAGUUCAAUAACUGAAUCCAGAUUGAGGCUUUCCUGCAACUGCAUCAUAGUGUGAGCGUAGAAUAUGCUGCUGAGCUGUCAUAUAUAGGACCUUGUUGUUAAUGGCGAUUUUAUGUUCUACGAUAUGCACAUUUUGUGCUUCGUCAGUUGGUAAAUAUCGGUUCGGUAGCUGUCAUGUGUAACUUAAUAUAUGGACAAGUUAGUUCGCCUAUCAGUUUAUAAGCCUUUCAGGUUAUUUUUAGCUCUGAACCCCCCAGGUUGUAUAUGGUAACUGAAAUGGUCUAAAUGUUAUUUGUGACAUAUAUUUUAGUCUUGUUUUUGGCAUAUAUAUACCGUCUGUUUUUUGA